AAUCUGGUGCCCUGAAUUGCAUACACACACUUGCAUUCAGAGACUUCAGGUUAAAUGAUCACUUACUAUUUACAGAAUUGUCAGACUUCUCUGACCAAAGGGCAGAGCACAGUUUGUUUGCCUCAGCUGAGUGUCCUUCUGAAGACAUGGCGUUCCCUGAAGGGUUUGGAUGGGGGGCAGCCACUGCAGCCUACCAAGUGGAAGGAGGCUGGGAUGCAGAUGGGAAAGGCCCUAGUGUCUGGGAUACAUUCACCCAUCAGGGAGGAGAGAGAGUUUUCAAGAACCAGACUGGCGAUGUAGCUUGUAGCAGCUACACUCUGUGGGAGGAUGAUUUGAAAUGUAUCAAACAGCUUGGAUUGACUCAUUACCGCUUCUCUCUUUCCUGGUCACGUCUGUUACCUGAUGGGACGACAGGUUUCAUCAACCAGAAAGGAGUUGAAUAUUACAAUAAAAUCAUUGAUGAUUUGCUAAAAAAUGGCAUUAAGCCUAUAGUGACACUCUUCCACUUCGAUUUACCUCAGGCUUUAGAAGACAAAGGAGGUUGGUUAUCAGAGACCAUCGUUGAAUACUUUGACAAAUAUGCUCAGUUUUGCUUCCGAACAUUUGGAGAUCGAGUCAAACUGUGGAUCACCUUAAAUGAGCCCAAUAUGUUUGCCCUGCUGUCAUACGAUCUUGGUAUCUUUCCUCCUGGUGUUCCACGUUUAGGAACUGGAGGUUAUCAGGCAGUUCAUAAUUUGAUUAAAGCUCAUGCCAGGUCCUGGCACAGCUAUGAUUCCUUGUUCCGAAAAGAGCAGAAGGGUAUGGUAUCAUUGUCAAUUUUGGCUGGCUGGGUGGAACCAGCAGAUCCCAACUCAGCAUCUGACCGUGAAGCUGUCAAGCGAGCGAUGGCUUUCCAUUUAGAUCUCUUUGCUAAGCCCAUAUUUACUGAUGGUGAUUAUCCUGAAGUUGUCAAGUCCCAGAUUGCCUCUAUGAGUAAGAAGCAAGGUUAUCCAUCCUCCAGGCUUCCAAAAUUUACCGAGGAAGAGAAGAAGAUGAUCAAAGGGACUGCUGAUUUCUUUGCUGUGCAAUAUUAUACAAGUCGCUUAGUUAGACACAAGGAGAACAAGAAAGGAGAACCGGGUGCUAUGCAGGACGCGGAAGUUGAAAUUUUUCCAGACCCAUCUUGGGCAAAUGUGGACUGGGUCCAUUUGGUGCCAUGGGGAAUACGGAAACUACUGAAAUAUGUCAUGGAAACGUAUAAUAACCCUGUAAUUUACAUCACUGAGAAUGGUCUUCCCCACAAUGACCUCACAUCCCUGGACGACACUCAACGCUGGGAAUAUUUCAGGCAGAUAUUUCAGGAGCUGCUCAAAGCUAUCCAACUUGAUAAAGUCAACCUUCAAGUAUAUUGUGCAUGGUCUCUUCUGGAUAACUUUGAGUGGACACAGGGAUACAACAGCCGGUUUGGUUUCUUCCAUGUUAACUUCGAUGAUCCAGCUAGACCUCGAGUUCCUUACAGUUCAGCCAAGGAGUAUGCCAAGAUCAUUCGAAACAAUGGCCUUGAGGGACAUCAAUAGACAUGAUGAUUAGGUGC